UUUUUUUCAGACGCUUAUGAAGUUAAGUAGCACAGACAAGCGUCUAUGUUCCACAAACUGGAAACCAGUCUUCAAAAACAAUGGACGGCAGCAAAGUGAAGCUGAAUGUAUCGCCAUGCAAGCACUGCGGACGCAAAUUUGUACCAGAAUCACUGGUAAAGCACGAGAAAAACUGUCUGAAGGUUCAAGCGAAAAGAAAGCCGUUUGAUCCAGCCAAACAGAGAGUCACAGAAGACCUGAGUCUGAAGCAGAUUAAGCAAGCACAGAAAAAGGCUGAGCUCGAAAAAAAGAAGCAAGUUGCUGCCCCACGAUCUCACUGGCGACAGAAGCAUGAGGAGUUUGUACGAAACAUUAGGGCAGCCAAGGGGGCCCAGGUUGCCAUGGAGAGGGGGGACCCUCUGCCCCCGCCCCCACCCCCUUCUCUGAACCCAGACUACGUGGACUGCCCCUACUGUUCCCGUCGAUUCAAUGAGAAGGCAGCUGAGAGACACAUCAACUUCUGUAAGGAGCAACAGAAGCGUCUCACCAGCAAACGGGAACCGUCCCAACAAGAGAAAGCUCGGGCUGCAGCUAAAACAUACGUGCCACCGAAACCCAAGCUGAAGGGAUCCCCAGGGGAUGCCCCAGAUUCGCCCAUAGGGAUGGGAGGUGGUUAUGGAGGCGGGUCAAGAGGUGGGCCACCAGCACCUACAAGGGGUGGGCCACCGGCCCCUGCAAGGGGAGGCUACUCACAAGCCCCUGCACCAGCCCCUGGAAGGUCAGGACCAAGCGGUGGGAGAAUGGGCAAUACAGGCCCGGCCCCAUCGAAAUCAGACAAUGGUCGGUCCCCGGGAGGUUACAGUUCUGCAGGACGCGGCGCUCCAGCCCCCCGGGGCACUAAGGCUACACAAGGUUAUGCUGCAGACACAUAUGCAGAUCCUCCACGGAAGGGCUCUCUAAAAAUUACCUCCCCUGUUGAGACCAGUCUGCCAUCAAGAAACCAGUCUGUUAUUAGUUCCCCUGUUGAAACCAGUUUGCAGUCAAGGAACCAGUCUCUUAAACAGACCCCAAAUCUCAGAACCACAAUUGGUUCACCAGGGCUGAGGGGAGGACUGGAAGAUAAACCAGGCCAUUCCCAGUUAGCCAAACUAAACGGACAACAGACGAACGAACAAAUACUUCAAGCUUCAGACUUAGGAUAUCACAGCGGCUCGCACGACCAUGAACUCUCCUCCAAAAGAUCAUUAAUGGCCCGGAAAAUGCGACCCACCAGUGCUGCGGCUAAAUUUUGUCACGAGUGUGGUACCCAGUAUCUCUCAUCUCAAGUUAAAUUCUGCACUGAAUGUGGAUUGAAACGAUUGGAUGUUUCUGCAAGAUGAUCGUUUCACUGUUUGCCUAUGAAAAAGGUCUAUGAAAAAGAUACCAUACCAUAUAAUAAAUCAAGUUUUCUGCUGAAGUAAAAAUAAUAUUUUUCAUGGCAAUUCAAAUUGUGAAAUAUUUGUUUAUUUUUAUUAUAUAUGGGAGCAUAUAGUUGCCAGUUUGUCCUUCCGCACUUCCGUACGGUCACACUUUUGUUACAGUUUCUCAUAGCACGUUCAAUACUUUACAGAUCUCUUUCAUAUUUGGCAUGUAGAUACCUUGCAUGGACCUCUACCUUUUGAUGAUGUUUGAGGUCACUGGGGUCAAGGUCACCAAGGUUAAUACCGGGUAAUAGACUUUUGUGACAGUUUCUCUUAGCACCUUCAAUACUUUACUAUUCUCUUUCAUAUUUGGCAUGUAGGUACCUUGCAUGGACCUCUACCUUUUGAUGACGUUUGAGGUCACUGGGGUCAAGGUCACCAAGGCUAAUAAUAGUUUUCCUGUCACACUUUUGUUACAGUUUCUCAUAGCACAUUCAAUACUUUACCGAUCUCUUUCAUAUUUGGCAUGUAGAUACCUUGCAUGGACCUCUACCUUUUGAUGACGUUUGAGGUCACUGGGGUCAAGGUCACCAAGGCUAAUAAUAGAAUUUUCUGUCACACUUUUGUUACAGUAUCUCAUAGCACCUUCAAUACUUUACCGAUCUCUUUCAUAUUUUGCAUGUAGGUACCUUGCAUGGACCUCUACCUUUUGAUGAAGUUUGAGGUCACUGGGGUCAAGGUCACCAAGGCUAAUAAUAGACUUUUGUUACAGUUUCUCAUAGCACCUUCAAUAUUUGACCGAUCUCUUAUAUAUUUGGCAUGUAGAUACAUUGCAUGAACCUCUACCUUUUGAUUAGGUUUGAGGUCACUGGGAUCAAGGUCAAGGUCACUGAGGCUAAUAUUAGAUUUUCUCAACGUUUCACUUUUUCCCACACAAUUAACCCAUAUACAUGUAUAUUGACAUAGCAUCAUUGGGGAGCAUCCAUCAGUUUUACUGAUAUCCUUGUUUUAUUGUUUGUUAUUUCUCUCUCUUUAAGACUAAACUUGAACAACAGAUGAAGGUACUGGCUAUCUAAAACAUAUUGUACAAUAACUUCUUAUAAGAGUUCAUUAUAAGUUUAAUACUGUUUGUGGUCUAUUUUCAAUUAAUGUGUGUAGAGAGCCAUCAGCAGACAUAUUGUUUGUGUUCAAAAAUACUAUUGAAAAAAAACAUUCAUUAAAUUUGAUCAUAUUAGAUGAUUAUAUUACUGUGACAUUGUCAAUAAUGUGUUUGUAGUGUAAGUCUGUAUUGCUGCAAGAAAGUGGCUAAUUGAACAAUUAUACCAUAUAUCUUGUUUUGGCUGACAAAAGUCGCUUCUUGACAUUGUUUGAUAUAACUUCGGGAACUUGAUAUGUGUGUGCAACAUAAUUAAUUAGUAUAAAUCAGAAGAGCAAAAUAUAUAUUCAUGAUUCAAAUUAUAAUUUUGUUUGAACUAUUUUUUGCAUGAAAUUCCAAAGCAUAUCCUAAAUGUUGUGCUUUGUGACAAUGGGUAGAACUAUUUAUAGCUAUAUAAAUUUUAUUAUUGCACGCUAUAUCUUUUGUUCAUAAUUGUGAUAUAUAGGGUCUAGAUGUUAUACAUGCACUAGUAAAAUUAUACAUAUGUAAAUGCUUAUUAUAAUACGUUUUAAGUGUGCUUUUCAUGUAUUGUAGGGCUACGGGAGGUGUGCUGAAAAUACUUUUUGUUGUGAAUUUUGCAUUUUAUCACAUUUAAUUUAUUUUAUUUGCAUUAUAUGCAUAUGAUGUUUCAUGUCCACAACUUUAAAGUUAAACAUUUUAUUUUUAAUCAGAUUUGUAUAAUCUGGUCCUUUUGAACUAUACUUUUUUUGCGGGUAAAUAUUCUAGCUAAGAAGUUGUGCAUUCUGUUCACACCUACUCAAGUUCAUUAUGCUUGAUACAGGUUCUAUGAAUUCCUGUUGAAUGUGUGUCAAGAAUAAAUUUUGUUCAAACCUCCGUGGCUGUGAUAUGUAUUGUUGAAAAGUGAACCUCUUUCUGUUUUGUUUUUUUCACUAUAAACAGUGUACUCCGGCUUAAAAACUACUUACUAGAGUGUCAGUUAAAUUUCAAAAUUAAAAUGUAAAGAAGUUGAGAUUUUGUAGAUUUAUUGUUAAGAAGGUGAGAUUUUGUAGAUUUAUUGUGUUAAUUAAUAUUAUUUCGGACUGCAACUUGAUUUGAAUUUUAUAGUAAUACUGAAAAAAAAGCUAAUGGUCGCACCCUUCUGUUUUAAGAUUGAAAUUUCAUAUUGUUUAGAUUAAUACUAACAGUUAUGUACACUAGUCAAUAUUGUAACUAUUAUCUUACAUCUUAAAGAAAUGAGGCCAAUGUUAUUGCUGUUAUGGAUUUUUGUCCACAUGUUUGAUGUUUAUCUAUGAACAAUUUAUUGUAAAGUACCAUAAUUAUUAUUUAUGGAAUAAUGAAAUUUCUUUAAAUAGGUUCUUUUGACUGACAUAAAAAGCUUAUUUUCUUACUGACAUAAAAAGCUUAUUUUCUUUUUAAUGUGCCAUAGUCACUAAUUAUUUAUUAAUGUUUUGCUGUUCGUUUUGUUAUUUUAUAAAUCCAUAAAAUGUUCAAAUUAUAAGGGCCCCUUAUUCUGCUAUGAUGGUCCUAGUGAGAGAAAAAUGUCAUUGUCGGUCAGUUGAAUCUAGCAUUAACCUAAAAAAGUAAAAUUGCUAUAGUGAUAUUUCUUGUGAUAAUCUCUCAAUAUGCAAAUUCAUAGUGUGAAUGUGCAUAGUUAUGGGGGUCCAGUGGAAUGGAGGGGAAUUCGCUUCUUUUGGACUUCAAGUUGCACUUGUUCUUCUGUCUAAGUUUGUAUGUGCACAAACCUGUCGUUUUUUUUGUCAUUUAACUUCUGCAUUUUGUCUUAAAGUACUUGGAUUAAUAAAGAAUAUAUAUUUUGGGAACUUUUUAAAGACAUUUUUAGCAUGUUUCUUACUUAGUAAUUUUUAGCUCGGCAUUUUCGGAGAAAACCUGAGGUAUUGUUAUAGCCAGCUCGUCGUCCGCCGUCAGACGUCGGCCGUCCACAUCGUGCUAAAACCAUAACAUUUUGUUAAGGUUUUGAACAUUGGCUCUAAAAUCAAAUUGCUUCAACCUACAACUUUGAAACUUCAUAUGUAGAUGCACCUUGAUGAGUUCUACACGCCACACUAUUUUUGGGUCACUAGGUCAAAGGUCAAGGUCAC